AUGUCGGACCUCUCGGUUUCUAACAACGACUCCGUACCGGCGGCCACAGCCGCAGACUACAACUUCCCUGCGCUCAUAUUCGGGAUCCUGCUGAUCGUCGUGGUCACUGGAGGAAACGUGCUGGUGUGUCUGAGCGUUUACCUGGAAAAGGCUUUAAAAACCACAACUAAUUACUUCAUAGUGAGUCUGGCGUUUUCAGACCUGCUGCUGGCGGUGCUGGUGCUGCCGCUCUUCGUUUACGCAGAGUUUCAGGGCGGCGUCUGGUCCUUGAACAUGCUGAUGUGCGACGGCCUGAUGACCAUGGAUGUGAUGCUGUGCACCGCAUCCAUAUUCAACCUGUGCGCCAUCAGCGUGGACAGGUUCAUUGCCGUGUCCAUCCCCCUGAAUUACAACCGGAAACACGUGGACCAGCGGCAGCUCGUCCUGCUGUCUGCCACCUGGCUGCUGGCCUUGGCGGUGGCUUCACCCGUCAUCUUCGGCAUCAACAACGUGCCUGACCGCGACCCCAGCGAGUGCAAGCUGGAGGACAACAACUACGUGGUUUACUCCUCCGUCUGCUCCUUCUUCAUCCCCUGCCCCAUCAUGGUGCUGCUCUACUGCGGGGUUUUCCGCGGGCUGCAGCGUUGGGAGGAGACCCGCAAGGCCAAGCUCCGGAGCAGCAUCGAGGCCUGCAGGAAGCUGCAGCAUGCCGCCGUCGCCACCGCCCUCCCCCCGCUGACGGGGACCAUCCCCGGGCCUCUGCCGAUGCCUCUGCCCCGGAUCAUAGAGAGGGACCUGGCCCAGAGUCGGCUGGACGACACGGGCGACUACAUCCACCAGGAGAUCCCUUACCCCCGGCAGUACCGGGAGAACUCGGUGCCCACGGUGACGUUCAGCCAGCAGCACAUGAAGAAGAGAGCCAAGAUCAACAGCAGGGAGAGGAAGGCCAUGAGGGUGCUGCCCGUCGUCGUAGGUUGCUUCCUGUUCUGCUGGACUCCGUUCUUCGUGGUUCACACGACGCGAGCCGUCUGCCUGACCUGCGACAUCCCUCCCGGCCUGAUGAGCACCGUCACCUGGCUGGGCUACGUCAACAGCGCCCUCAACCCCAUCAUCUACACCAUCUUCAACACCGAAUUCAAGAAGUUCUUCAAGAAGUGUUUCCGCAGCUGCUGCUGA